AUGAAUCCCCUGACGCAGGUGAAGCGGACGCAGGUGAUAAACCAGAAGGAGGCGGCGUUGGGCCUCAGCGAGGACGCAUCCUGGCACGCCAAGUUCAGGGGCUCCGCCUACGUCUUCGUCGGCGGCGUCCCCUUCGACCUCACGGAGGGCGACCUCCUCGCCGUCUUCGCGCAGUACGGCGAGGUGGUCGACGUGAACCUCGUGCGCGACAAGGCCACCGGCAAGUCCAAGGGUUUCGCAUUCGUCGCCUAUGAGGACCAGAGGAGCACGGUUCUUGCCGUGGAUAACUUGAAUGGGGCUAAGGUUCUUGGGAGGAUCAUCAGGGUUGACCAUGUGGAGAAGUACAAGAAGAAGGAGGAGGAGGACGAGGAGGAGCUGCAGAAGAAGAGGGAGGAGCGUGGCGUGUGCUAUGCCUUCCAGAAAGGCGAGUGCAACCGCGGCGAUGCGUGCAAAUAUUCCCAUGAUGAACAGAGAAAUGCAAACACUGGUUGGGGUUCUAAGGAGGAUGACCCAAAAUGGGAGCAUGACAGACACCGUGGUCCACAAAAUAAGGGGGAAUCCUGUGGUGUCUGCUAUGCUUUCCAGAAAGGCGAAUGCAGUCGGGGAGAUACCUGCAGGUUUUCGCAUGAUGAGCAGGUAGCUGUCCAGGGACGUGGCGUCUGCUAUGCUUUCCAGAAAGGCGAGUGCAGUCGCGGAGCUUCCUGCAGAUUUUCACAUGAUGAGCAGAGAAAUGCAAACACUGAUCGAGGUUCUAGGAAGGACAGCAAUGCAAGGCGGCAGCAUGACCAUGAGCCACCAAAGAGCCACAAAAAUUUCCCUGACAGGACUAAAGAAGAGGCAAGAUCAGGGGAUAGGGAUGGUCAAUCCUCAAGAUCAGAGUUGUACAGGGACCGAGAUUCUAGGACAAUAUAUGGCGAUAGAGACACAAAAGAUAGGGACGGGAACAUGCACGAGAAAUCCCCUGCGAGAUACAGAGGCGACAGGCAGAGAGGCGAUGACAGGGGAAGAGAAGAUAGAUCAUCAGACACAAAAGAUAGGGACAGGAACGGACACGAGAAAUCCCCUGAGAGAUCAAGAGGCGACAGGCAGAGAGGUGAUGACAGGGGAAGAGAAGAUAAAUCAGACAUAAAAGAUAGAGACAGGAACGGGUACGAGAAAUCCCCCGAGAGACCAAGAGGCGAUAGGCAGAGGGGCGAUGACAGGCGAAGAGAAGAUAGAUCAGAGAGCAAGCGGUCUAGGCACGACAGAGAUUCUGGUGUCCGUUACGAGAGAAGAGGCGACAAAGAGGAAGAAUGGUACAGGAAAUCGCAGAGAUAA